GAAGCUAGGGUGGAUGAAGGAGAGGAGGAGGAGAGCAGAUUUAGGGUGGUGAAACCGUGGGAGAGAGAGAGAGAGAGAGAGAGAGAGAGAGACGAUGGGCAGGGCUCCUUGCUGUGACAAGGUGGGCUUGAAGAAGGGAGCAUGGAGUGCGGAGGAGGACAAGAUUCUGGUCGACUACAUCCAGCAACAUGGCCAUGGAAACUGGCGAGUGAUGCCGAAGAGAGCCGGGCUGUUGCGAUGUGGGAAGAGCUGCAGACUGAGAUGGACCAACUAUCUCAGGCCGGACAUCAAACGAGGAAACUUCACCAAGGAGGAAGAAGAUACCAUCAUUAGCCUGCAUGGGGAGCUUGGGAACAAAUGGUCUACGAUUGCGGGAAGCUUGCCGGGCCGAACGGACAACGAGAUCAAGAACGUGUGGCACACCCACUUGAAGAAGCGCAUGGAUCCCAAGGAAGCGACGCGUGCGCCCAAGAGGGAGAGGAAGAGGAAGAAGAAACGUGACGCCAAGGACAAGCUGGAACCGGAGCAAGAAAACCAGCGGCCGGACGCAGACGCAGCUCGUCCUAGUCCGAGACGCGAUGACGCAGGGCUCGUCGAAGUGUCACUGGAACAGUCCUACAGCGGCUUCUCGUCCGCCGCCACCGACUCGUCCGUGAUGUCGGGAGACGCUACCGUGGACGCCAAGGACGAGAGCUUCACCUCCAAGGAACUCAAAGAGAUCGACGAGAGCUUUUGGCUGGACGCGUUCGCCGUCGAUGGUUCAUUGCAACUCCCUCCUGCAGCAGUUGCAGACAGUGCGGCCUUCAGCGACGACAUGGAGUUCUGGCUGAAGGUGUUCAUGGAAGCUGAUCAUUUAGAGGACCCGUCGCAGAUGAAUCCCGCGAAUGUCCAUCUGAACUAACAUCGAUUCUUCCGGUGUUGUAGAUUGCUCGAUUGCCAAAGGUGUGUAGUGAAAAUAGCCAUUGAAGAUUAGACUUGAUGAAGGAUUGGAAAUAGGAAUAAGACACUGUAAAAUAUUAUGAGAACUGACACUUACCAUCUUAUUGCCACAAAUCAAUGUUGAUUAUGCUAUAUAAUAUAUCAACGAGGACAGGAAAUGGUUGGCCGCACAUCGAAAUCUCAAGCACAAAACAUCUUUUUUAGCCUGAGAAAUCUUUCGUGUACAUCUGUGAUCUAAUCAGUGUUCCUCGAAUCAAGAUUUUCCUCAGAUCGUUUAUACUAUCUACAAUCUGAACCUUCCUCUUAGAUUUCCACGGAGAUAUCAAGUAAUCUAACAUCCUUUGUAGCGCUGUCUCAUUCCUUCUUCGUCUUCUGCUUCUAAUAAAAAUGAAGCUUUUCAUGAUCAUCUUUUUUUAUUUUUGGUUCGGUUUCCUGAGGAUUGAGAGUAAAGACAAAAGAAGAAGAGAUGGAGAAGCAGCAACAGAACAGAAAAAUAGAAGACGAUAACGAGAAAAUAAUUAAAAAAAAAAAAGAAUUCCAUUUCCUGAGGGAUGAGAAUAAGUAGCAAAGGAAAACAAAACAAAUACAAUAUAACAAAUGAAAAUAAAAUAAAAUAAUAAUUAAAAUAGACCACCGAAAAGAAAAAAAACUGAUGAAGGAAACAAAGUGUUCCUUUUGCAGUAUAAAUACUAAUUCUAUAGUGGCUUGGGUUUAUAACGGGUGAUUUAGGUAAUAUCAUGUAACGGGUGAUAUAAUUGUAACGCUAUAUAAUGGAAACCCCCCAAAAAACGGCACGUGUAAACAACGUUAUAAUCGUUCCAACGGCCAGAGGUAAACCGUUAUAUGGACUUCAGUCCGUCCUGUUUCCCAGGUUUUCGAGAGCCGAUAGCCCCCGAAUCCUAAUCCUCUAAUCCUCCUCCGAGACAUGGCGACGACGACGACGACGAUCGUAUCCCGGUGCCCAUUGCUUCACUCAAUCGGUCAGAGAGAGCCUCACAGUGAUUCCGGCGGCUCCACUGGGCCCCUCUUUCAUUAGGUUCUUUGGAAGACCGACGAGUCAAUUACGGAUAGUAUGUAUGGCGUCGUCUGCUGCAGGGAACCCAUACGAGAGUGGUGAUGAAAACCCAUACGUGUUAGCACAUAUGUUCUCCAAAUUUAUCAGUCCAAGCUGCGCGACUGUUUGUAACGAUUUGGUGGCAGAUAAAAGGGUUUGAUAUGGUGAGACUGCAUAUACAAGAAAGCGUAAGGAUGCAGAGCGAAGGGGAGAUGAAGUAUAUGUUGCCAAAGUGUCAAAGGAUAUCAAGUAUGCUGAUAAGCAGCCAAUAGUAUCCUGGGGUCCAAGGUGUCAAAGGAUAUCAAGUAUGCUGAUAAGCAGCCAAUAGUAUCCUGGGGUCCAAGGAAUUUGGAGAGGACGAAGGUAAGGGACUGCUCAUGGGAAGGCGCAUACUUGGUUCCCUACCAUUGGUUUUCUGUUGUAUAGCUGUUUCAUCCUUGGGCCACACUGGUCUCCUUAACCUCGGCUAGCUUUUACGUGGUGCCAUUCCUUUGUUUCUCUACAAUAACCAGGGUGUAAAUGGGAAAUUUUUUGCGAAUGGAGGGAUAAAGGGCAAGCCCAGUGCACAAGACAACUACAUUUUGCUGCACGUAUCAUUUCAAGGGUGUAAAUGGGAAAAGUUUUGCACUUUGUAUAACUGAAAAAGGAAGAAAUGACAAAAUUCUUGAACUUUAUUCAAAUGAAACACAGAUUAUUAUCUUUUUAGGGUUACAGAAAAAGCCAGACGUGCAAGAGUCAUCUAGGGAAGGUUAAUGUCUUAUCCUUACAAGUGGGGAGGCAGACUUACUAUGAUGUUGAAUUUCAUCCUUUAUUGAGGGAUGCAAAUAAUAUUUUAAUUUUUAUGGAUAAAGAAAAUUUUAUAUCUUCCGUAUUUUCUGCUCUCAACCUGGGUGGCCAGAGUUCAAUUAAUGAAAACAACUUCCUCUUCUUAUAGUAUAAGGUUUCACAUAUUGAUUCUUUCCAAAGUCUGCAUUGCAAGAAUCUCAUGCAUAGACAUAUUAUCUAGCGUGGAGCGUACGGUGAAAAGGGAACAUCCUUAGAUAUUGACAAUUAUCUUGAUUUUCAAUAUAAUGUCUUCAAAUAUGUUGACAGAUUUACAUAUUCUGCCAUGUGUUAUAUGCGUUCUCAUAGCAAACACUUGUGGUAUUUCCUUCCUAAAUAUGCUCAAACGAAUUGAUGAUGUUGCAGCUUUCUUGAUCAGCAUUACGUAAGCCUAUUCGUAUAUGAUUUUAAUCUGUUUAUGUACUCUUGUACAAACUCUUUAUUAUUUAAAGUUGAUAGGUCCAGGGACUAUGUUGGUUCUGGAAGAUGGACCCUUUCUUCUUUUUCUAUAGCAUGAUUUCUCUCAAUGAGCUUGGAGUUCUGGUCUUUUUUAAGUUUUUCCUCAGUGUCUGACACUAAUUUCCAAGUUGCUGACCUCCUAGUAAGUGAGAUUUGAGAGGAGCAUUUAUUUGCGAGUCAUUAUGCAGAUAUCAUUUUGUAUAGUGUCGGCAUCAAAUACAACAAAAAAUGUACAUCUUUUUGAUUCUCCAAUCCACUUUUAAAGCUAUAUCUUUAUUGUUGUGUUCCACAUUCAUUCCUAGGUCGUGUUUUAGCAUCUGAAGUACAAGGUCAUCAUGUUUAAAUGGUAUUACAUGAUUCGAUCCAGCUUGAAUUUUGGAGUAAUUGUCAUGUGUAUUAUAUUAUGCUAGUUCUUGUGAAUCUUAAUGAUUAUUUUUACUACUCGAAAAUGAUAUCUCUUAUGAAUCUCAUCGCUUUAUAAAAAGUAUGCAGAUUUUUUCUUUUGACAUCUAAUUUGAUCUGAUAAUAUUUCUAGUAAUUAUAGUGUUUAUUAGUUCUUGGUUCUCUUCAAAGUUGUUAAUUUUUUGCUAUGCUGACAAUUUAGUAAAUUUUCUGUCCUUUCUAUUUUAUCUAUUUUGUUCAUGGUCUUGGUUUAA